CUCUCUCUUUUGGCCCAUACAUAGCCACAAACAUCAUCACUCCUGUUUUUACCUCUUUUCACUAAUGUGUCUCUCUCUUAUCCAUCUUUCCUGGUUCCAGGUUUCUGCCAUACCUUCCACUUGCCCUUUGACCCUUAUACUAGGAUUCCUUCUCCUUUGAUGUCACAAUCACUUUCUCUCACCCCAAUUCUCUCUGCUUUUCUCUACUUCUUACUCUUGUCCCUCUUUUCCUCUUCUUUCUUCUCCAGUCCUCUUGUCAUGUGUACAGGUAUAUGUGCCCAAUGUAUCGGAUUCUCCCUCAUCUUACUUUCCAUCAUCUGCAUAGUGGCCAAUACCCUCCUCCUGGUGCCCAAUGGUGAGACCAAGUGGACUAAACAUCUCAGCAUGCAUGUGAUCCUCUCAGGAGGUUUUAUUGGUGGGGGCCUAAUGGUGCUAUGUCCUGGAAUAGCAGCUGUUCAAGCUGGGGGCAGAGGGAUUUGUGGAGCUGGCUGUUGUAAAAAUCGUUGUAGGAUGCUGUGCUCAGUCUGCUGUUCGGCUUUCGGGGUUUCUGGGGCCCUUUACUGCCUCUUAGUGUCUAUCUCGGCGCUUCAGAAUGGGCCCCUAUGUCUUACAAAGUCUAACAAAUGGAGUUACCCUUUCAGAAAUACUAAUGGGCGUUACCUGGACAACAAAAAACUUUGGGAAGAGUGCGUGAAGCCUCCGAAUAUAGUACAAUGGAACUUGGAUCUGUUCGCGCUGCUGACGGCCAUGUCGAUUCUGGAGCUAGUGUUGUGUGGCAUACAGCUAGUGAACGCUAUCAUAGGAGUUUGCUGUGGGGACUGCCGGAAAAGAGAAGCUCCUCCUCCUCCUCCUUCUCCUUCUUGAGCUUUGAAGCUGAGGGGGGACACGUUCCUGUCAGGACGCUCUUUCCGAAGAUUUCGGAGACUGGAGUAAGUUGUCCCCACUCCUCUUUUUUCCCGUCACCUGAAAUAAAGUUCUCUGAU